AACGUAGAAAGGAUAUUUCUGUUCCCCGCCCUACAUCGCCGGAACAAAACGGCCUUUUGUUAGGCUUCCACUCGAUCGGCGACUCAGGACAAUUGAAAGUUUGAAGUUUUCUAAGCAGGACCUCAACUUUCAUCGAUUUAAUUGGAAGUUCUUGAAGUUUUGAAGUAAAGAUGGGUGAUGAAGAUGAUUCCAUUGAACUAGCUGCUGCAUCACGUCGAGAAAGGCUGCGGGCUCUUAAAGCUGCUCAAGAAUUGAUGAACACGCCUGAUGAUGACUCUGCACAAGUUGAUGAUAAGACGAAUGAUGAAGAUGGAACAACUGAAGAGCAAAAUCCCAUGAAAUUUCGUAAUUAUGUUCCUCAAGACAAACACCUCCAGGAAGGGAAGCUUGCACCUGCUGUGCUACCAAAGUUUGAAGACCCUGUUGCUGCUGCCCCUCCACCUGAGAAGGAGGAUCCUUUCCUGAAUAUUGCUCCAAAGAAACCAAACUGGGACCUGAGGAGAGAUGUGCAGAAGAAGCUUGAUAAACUUGAAAAACGAACUCAGAAGGCUCUCUAUAAACUUAUGGAGGAGCAAGAAAAGCAACAGCUAUUGACUGAAGGAGAUGAUACAAAUGGCGCAGCAGAUUAAAUUGUAGCAUCCGAGCCAACCUGAUUGACCCAUGCAAAACUCAGUACCAAUGCUGAGUCAUACUUUUGCGGUGUAUAAUUACUAUUAUAUUACUCGUUCAGAAUUUAGAGGUGAAAAAUCAUGGAUUCUUGUAGUUUUUUAUUAUGUUUUGUGAAGCAAAUUUAAAAAUAACUAUUCUUGUAGUUUCUUUUUUGUUGUCUUCCAGGAAGUAAGGUGCCUCAACCGAACAUUAAGCCAA